AUGUCUGAUGCUGCAAAGGGGGCUGCUGGCCCAUCCAUCCCGAUCACCGUCGAGUUCACUGGCGGACUUGAGUUGCUAUUUGGCAAUGAGCGGAAACAUAAAGUCUCAUUACCCGCAUCCAUGGAGGAUGGCAACCCGACCAACAUCGCAUACCUACUUCCGUACCUUGUGGACAAUCUCAUGCAAGACCAACGGAAGGAGAUGUUUAUCAUGGAGGACAAUGUCCGGCCCGGUAUUCUCGUUCUAAUUAAUGACGCCGACUGGGAACUCGAAGGCGAGGAGAACUACGAACUUCAAGCAGGAGAUAAUAUUGUAUUUGUCUCGACGCUACACGGAGGCUAG